AUGGUCGCCAUCAAGAAUCUUACCAUUGUAUUGGUUGGUUUGGCUGGUCUUACCACCGCCUACCCCACGGAGAGGGAUAUGGAAAGCCAAAUAUACCUCAAUAAGCGCAUCGCAUGCACUUCCGGCAACUGCAAGAUUCCAUCUACUUUCGGCAGUAAGCACAAAGUGGCAGGAGCCUUAAGGGCGAGAUACGAAGAUGGCCUGUACGAACGAGACGACAUCGACGCCCUUCUGGAAAGGCGCUUCGUUAGGCCUAACCUUGGAGUUCCUACUGCUUCAAGUCCGAAAUCGUGGCGCCGAGACGAAAGGGAAGUCUCUCUUGGCAAGCGUUUUACCUGCAAUUCCAGCCACUGCAAACUUCCAUCCAAUGGUAACAAAAUCAUAAAGAAGAGAUAUGAACCUGAGGUUUCUCUCGGCAAGCGGUUCACCUGCACUUCCAGUCACUGCAAGCUUCCAUCCAAUGGUAACAAGAUCAUAAAGAAGAGAUAUGAACCUGAGCUUUCUCUCGGCAAACGCAUCGCUUGUCCGUCCGGUAACUGCAGGAUUCCGUCCACCUUCGGGAAGAAACACAAGUUGGCUGGGGCUGUUGCGAAGAGACAUGAAGAUGCUAUUUACAAGCGUGAUGAUGUGGAAGCCUUUCUGCAGAGCCGAGGCACCGGAUCUCGAUAUCUUAAGACGCUGAAGAACCACUUCCUGCCCUAA